AUAUUCUUUUUCUCAGGCAUAUUGAAUAAUACUGUUCUCAAUUUUGUUUCCAAUCAAAUUACCGGUGAAUUUAUUCACCGGUGAAAAUAUUCACCAGUGAAUAAAUUCACCGAUGCGAAUUUUGACGACUUCCCUUAGUAAAAAAAACUUAUUUUUCUCUUUUUGUACAUGAAUUAUUUUAUCAAUUAGGUUCAAGAAAUUCGAAUUUGGCAUGAAUUACCAACUGAACAAAUUGAAAGUAUUACGCUCGAAGACGAUGUUCGACAGUGGAAUGAAUGUUACAAAAGAGAAAAUAAUAAUAAAAGCAACAAUCAAGAUAUUAUUCUUGUGAAUGAAUACGAUAAAUCAAAACAAUGUCGUCUGUUACCAAAAGUUAUUGAAUCAAAAAUACCUGAAGCAAUAUUGAAAGAUGACGAAGGUGUAAGUACAAUAAAGAAGACACAGUACGAUAGUUAUCAAAAAUAUAUUAAUGAUCUAAAACACUCUAAUUCAAUGACCGAUAAACGAGUAACGAAAGUUUUGUAUUCACCCGUUUAUUACGUAUUAGCAGCAUCUUCGUGUCAGUUUGGAGAAUCGGGUAUAGCUGAAUUUGGUGAAAAUGAUGUGAAUGUUAAAGGAACUAUAAUAGAUCCAGAUAAACCGGAAAGAAUCAAAGUAGCCUACGUCACUCAAGGUGAUCAGAGAACAGUAUUAUGUUCACCCAAAAUGGCUCAUUUUGGACGUUUUUUAUUUCGAACAUUUUAUUAUGUUGAUGAACUGAAUGAGAACGGUGAUAUAAUUCGAUAUUUAUUUUCUGCUGAAUAUCCGUACAUUUUAUCUACACUUCAUCAUAUGGAAUUAUUAAAAGAUUUAACAAUUGAUCAAAAACGAAUUGAAUAUCUUCGAUUUUGUAACAUAUUUCAACGUAUACUUAUCACUCAUCAGUUAACUGAUAGUGUCAAAAUAAUCAUGUACGAUGAUGAUAGAAAUAAAGAAGAAGAAAGCAAAGCUGGUGCCGUUGAUUCAACAGUAUUUGAAGCCUAUAGUCAACGUAUACCAUUGUGGGAUCAAAUUAAAUCCGACAUCAUUAAGUGGAAUAGCAAAUCAAAUCCAGUAGUAGAAAUUUCACCAACUAUUAAACCAACUGAUGACAAAGAGAAGAAGAAGAAGAAAAUACCUAUUCAACGUUAUUUUACAGCUGAAACACAAGCACACAGGCAAAUUCAAGAAUUCAUCGAGUAA